GAUAAUGCAAAUUUAAGUGUCUUGCAAAAAGUAAAUAAAUUUUUCCGAAAUUACAGCUUCGUUCAGAUGUUGUGCCAAAGACUUGUGAAAAUUUUCGUGCUUUAUGCACUGGCGAAAAAGGCUACGGUUACAAAGGUUCCGCUUUUCAUCGUGUCAUACCGAAUUUUAUGUGUCAGGGUGGCGACUUCACUGAUAACAAUGGCACUGGUGGCAAGUCUAUUUAUGGCACCAAAUUUAAGGAUGAGAAUUUUUCCUUGAAACACGAAGGUCCUGGUACACUAUCCAUGGCAAAUGCUGGUCCGAAUACUAACGGUUCUCAAUUUUUCAUUUGCACUGAGAAAACUGAAUGGUUGGAUAAUAAACAUGUCGUUUUCGGCAAGGUUGUCGAGGGCUUGGAUAUUGUGAAGAAAAUUGAAGGUUUCGGUUCUGAUUCUGGCAAGACCAAGCGCAAGAUUGUAAUUGCCGACUCUGGCGUUUUGGAAUAAUGGAAUUAUUAUUGCUUUAUUGAUAUUAGUUUUAAACACAUUUUGUGAGCUUGGUUUGGUUGUUGUGUUGGAAUGAUCUCGAUGUCGACUGAUUUAUUUAAUGAAAUUGUUUGCUACCUCCACGAAUCAUUUGAAAUAAAAUAUUGA